AUGGAAAAUAUUGAAAAAAAAUUAAUGUUAGGUGAUUUAUUAUUUCCAACAAAAACAUUUAAUGUUUUAUCAGAUUUUGGAGCAGAUGAACCAUUUCUUAUUGAUGGUGAUUCUUUAAUUUUAUAUCUAUUUUCAACAUUUAAUAUUUCAUCACAUAAAAUAAAAGAUAAACAAUUAUUAUCAACAGAUAAAUGUCAAUCAAUUUUAUUCUUUCAUUAUUUCGAAUCUUUUAUUGCAAAUGUUUUAAAUAGAAAAACAAAAUUUCAAAUAUUUUUUAUUGAUGAAAAUCAAUAUUUUUAUAAAAAUAAUACAUUAAAAUUAAUUAGAAAAAUUUGUAUUGAUUAUUAUAUUAAUAAUGAUAAAAAAAAUGUUUUAAAUAAUUCAAAUGUUCAAUUUACAUUAAUUAAAUCAAAAUGGUGGGAAGAUUUUAGUAGUAUUGAAUCAUAUCUUUUAGAGAAUAUGUUUUCAUUUAUGUUGGUUUUAUUUCCAGCACAAGAAUCAUUUGAAAAAUAUUAUCGAGUUGAUAUUCAAGAGGUAUUUAUUUUAAAAACAAUGAAAUUUUUAGAUUAUGUUGUAGAAUUUAAUUCAAUCUCAUUUGAAGGUUCAUGUAUUGAAACUAUAAUUUAUGGAAAAGGAACAAUGUUUCAAAGAGGUUAUCCAUACUUUUGUAAUAAAGAAUUUUUCAAACAAAUUGAUUCAUUUUAUAAUAAUGAAUUUGAAAAUUUUAAUUCUGAUAAAUUAAGUUUUAAAGAUCAAAAUCAAAUUUUAUUUAAUCAACAACAAAGUGAAAAUAGAGAUAAUGAAAUUAAUUUACUUAUUUCAACAAUGUUCAAUAAUGAUAUAUCAAAUAAUUUAAAUAGAAUCUAUUGUAUUUAUUUAGUUUUAUUAGAAUCAUUAUCAAUUAGAGAUAGAGGUUUUAUAUUACCAACAUGUUAUAAAAUUGAUGAAAAUGUUUUAAAUUUUUUAGACAAUGCUUCAUAUAAAAAUUUAUUAUAUUUACAACAAGUUAGUGAUAGUAGUAGUAGUAGUAGUAAUAAUAAUAAUAAUAAUAAUAAUAAUAAUAAUAAUAAUAAUGAAAAUAUAAAUUUAGAUUAUUUAGAUUUUAAAUUAUUUUAUCAAAUUUUAAUUCAAAUUCAAAUUAAAUUACCAAAAGAUUUAAAUGAAUUAAAUAAUAUAUUUGGUGAAGAAAUUAUAAUUAAAUCAAAAUUAAUUUGGAAUAAUGUAAAAAAAGAUUUUGGUUAUGAUAUUGGUGAAUUUGAUAAUUUUGAAUUAUUUUCAAAUUUUCAAGAUAGAAAUAAUAAUUUAAAUGAUAUUAUUCAAGAAAUGGAAAGAAGAACAAAAGAGAUUAAUUCAAUUGAUAAUAGUAUCUAUUUAGUAGAGAAUGAUUUCAUUAGAUCAGUUGCACCACAGGCUUAUGAAUAUUUAAAACCAUUCCAAAGUGAAAAUUAUCCAGAUGCUGAAUCAACAAUCAAUACAAGAUUCAUUGAUAAUUAUCAUUUUCAUUCAACACGUACAAUUGAACCAGAUGCAUUCAGUAUCAAAUUAAAAGAGACCACUUUUAAGACUAAAAAACAUAAACAACGUGCAGAGGAUAAAUCAGUUGGCUCAUUUAAAAAGUAUGCAGACUCUUUAAAUGAUCCAAGAAAUAUUUUAAUUAUCAAUAAAUUAAAUCCAACAAAAGAAGAGUUGGAAAAAGAAAGAAUUAAAAAAGAAAAAGAAGAUUCAAAAAAAUCUUAUAAAAAACAAUCAUCAUCAUCAUCGUCAUCAUCAACAACAACAACUUCAACAACAACUUCAUCAACUAUUAAACCAAAGAGUGAAAUAGGUAAACUAUUGGAGAGUAGAUUAAAUCAAGAUAAAAAAAGAUAUGAAUCAGAAUUGGAUGAUUGUAAAUCAAUAAAAUCAUUUUUAAAGUUUUUAAAUAAUUUAGAUUUAUUAACUUCAUUACCAGAAUUGUAUUUACAAUAUUUUGAUCAUUUAAUUAAUUUCUUGGUGAAACAAAAAGAAGAUUUAAUUGAAGAAAAGAAAAGAACAAUUCUAUUAGAACGUAAACAACAAUCGAAAACUAAGACACAUAUUGAAUUAUCAGAGUAUGAAGAAAAAGAAAUUGAAACUUCACUCGAAUUGGGUAUUAAAGAAAAAUCACAAUUUUAUCAAAUGAUUCAAAAGUAUUUAAGAUCUUUCAUCACUGAAAAAUCUAAAAUUUUAUCAACAAAAUUACAAAUUGAUUUUGCAAAUCGUUUUUAUACAAUUUCAAAAUCAUUGAUAGGUUUAUCAGAUUUAUCAAAUUUUAUCAAUGAUCAUUGGAAAUUGAAACUACCAAAAUUGGAUGAAUCUGAUGUUGGUAAUCAACAAUUAAAGAAUUCAAUCGAGUUUCAAUUGAAACAUUCUCCAGAUACUUUAAUUAGAAAUACAGGUUCAGUUGAAGAUUCAAGAGUUAGACAUUUUAAACCUGAUGCUUGGCAAGUAGAGUUGUUGGAUAUUGUUGAUAAAAGAGAAUCAGCUUUAAUUUGUGCAAGUACAUCAAGUGGUAAAACUUUUAUUUCUUUCUAUUGUUUUGAACAAAUUUUAAAAGAAAGUAAUGAUGGUAUCGUUGUUUUCGUUUGUCCAACAAAAGCAUUGGUCAACCAAAUGUAUGCAGAAGUAUUGGGUAGAUAUGAUAAGAACUAUCAAGCUAUAAAUCAUAGACCAUCAAAUCAUAAAAUGGUAGGUGUUUUCACAAGAGAUUUUAGAUUAAACAUUGAAACUUGUCAAAUCUUAAUUACAGUUCCACAAUGUUUAGAGAUUUUAUUCCUCUCCAUUAUGAACACUCACUUUAUUCAACGUUGUAGAUAUAUAAUCUUUGAUGAAGUUCAUCAAAUUGCUUCCUCUGUCGAUGGUGCCAUUUGGGAGAGAUUGUUAGUUUUCAAUCCUGCUCCAUUUUUAGCAUUAUCAGCCACAUUGGGUAAUUUAACAGAUUUUCAUAACUUUUUGAAAAAGAUUGAUCCAAAUAGAAAAGUAUCAUUGAUUCAUUAUCAAAGUCGUUUCAAUGAUUUGAAAAACUUUUUCCUUUGUCAAACUCCUGCAAAAGAUAAUAAGAGCUUUCCAACCUAUACCAUUGAACCAUUACAUCCAAUGGCAACUUUAGAUCAAAAGAAAACUGGUCUCUCUGAUAUAUCACCAGAUUUGAAAUUAAUAGCUGGUGAAGCAAUUCAAAUGUAUCAGGUUUUGAAAGAAAAGCUUGGUUAUGAAAAAGUAAACCAUUUGGAUCCUGUUAAAUUCUUUGCAAAUAUUCCAAAUAAACAAUUCAAUUUAGAGAAACAACACAUAGAAAUCUAUCAGGCAGAAUUGAAACAAUUCUACACAAACUUACCAUCUAUGACAGAGAAACAAUUGGUUGUCAAAGCUUUAACUAGUCCAAAAUAUAAUGAUUCAUUGAAAUUUGAUUGGGCCUCUGAAAUUACAAAUAUUGUAUUGGAACUUCAAAAGCAAGAUCUUUUACCAGCUCUUUUCUUUUCAUUCAAUCGUAGUUUAUGUUCUAGAUUGGCUCAAAGAGUAUAUAAUGAUAUCACUCAUAGAAAUACAAAUCCAAAUAUCAUUGAAGAGAAGAAACAAUUGGAUCUAGUCAUUGAAAGAUUCCAAAAAUCAUUAGGUCGUGCUUUGGCUGAUUUAGAACCAAAUGAUCCAGAAAAGAUGGAAUUGGAGAGAUUAAAAGCAAAAAGAGCCUCUUUAGAUUAUUUAAAACCUCAAUUUGGUAAUUUAUUAUCAUCAGAUAUAGAUGAAAAGGUAAAGAAAGAUCCACUUGCACCUGCUUUAACACAAGGUAUUGCCGCACAUCAUGGUGGUUGUGAUAAAAACUAUCUUAGAAAUGUUGAAUAUCUAUUUAGAAGUAAAAAGAUUCAAGUGGUAUUUGCAACUUCAACACUUGCCGUUGGUGUUAACGCUCCCGCUAAAUCCUCUGUAUUUUUAGGUGAUAGCCCUUAUCUAAAUGUUUUAACCUCAAAACAAUGUGCUGGUAGAGCUGGUAGACGUGGUUUUGAUAACUAUGGUAAUGUAAUUUUCGUAGGCUUACCAAAACAAAAAAUAAACAGAUUACUUAAUUCAAGAUUAUCAAAUAUCAUUGGUAAUUCAGUUGUCUCUCCAUCAUUAUGUUUAUCUUUAGUUAGUAGAUAUGAUUAUUCUACCAAUGGCUCAGCUAAUAAAUCAAAUGAAGAAAAUAAAGUUCAAGUUAAAGAAAAUGAAAAAGAAAGAGAAAAAGAAAAAGAAAAAGAAAAAGAAAAAGAGAAAGAGAAAGAAACUAUUGCUGAUAAUUGGGAUGAUGAUGAUGAUAAAAAAGAAAUUACUGUUGCUGAUAAUUGGGAUGAUGACGAAGAAGAAACAGCGGAAUCAACCAAAACAACACCUGCAACUACACCUACAACUACAACAACUGAAAAUACACCAGCAACUACAACAACCACAAAAACACCUACAACUACAAGCUUAAAAAAAUUAAGUUCUGAAGAUAUAUUAGAUGUUCAAAUUUUAAAGAAAUCAACAAAAUCACUUUUAAAUAAUUCAUUCUUUUUAGGUAAUCCACUUCAAGUUCAAUUCCAAUUCCUUUUUUCAAUUGAUUAUUUGUAUAGAGAAACUUAUUUAUCUAAAGACUGUGUUCCAAUGGAUAACUUUAGUGGUAUUGUCACCCAUCUCAGUUAUUUAGAACCAUUUAACUUUACUUUUGUUUCAUUGUUAAAGGGUGGUGUAUUUGAUAAUUUACCAACCAAUCAAAAGGAUUGUGAUUACUUCAUUAUUCAUAUCCUUUCAUACUUAUUUUGUGUUCAAAAUAUUCCAUCAAUUUAUGUUAGAUCACCUUCAAUUUUAAUACUUCCUCCAUUACCACCAACUGUCCACAAAAUUAUAAAAAAUCAUAAUGAUAGAUUAUUAAAAACAUUUUCAACCUACCUUUACGUUUAUAAGAAAUAUUUAAAGUCUACCAAUGAUUUCUUACCAUUUUCAUCAAAUGAUUUAAAAGACUCUCAAAAAACAACAACAACAACAACAACAGCGACAACAUCAACAAUUACAAACAAAUGGAAUGAAAACUUUGAAAAGUUAAAACCAUCCACUGAAAAUUUCAAUACUGGUGAUUUACUUUCUGGUAUUUUCAAGGUUUCAAAUUUAAAGAAAUUGAAAAAUAUCCUUGGUUCGAAUACUUAUUUCUCAACUCGUAUCUUACCUUAUUGUAAUGUCGAUGGUUCUCCAGUUAAUUCAUACCUUUUGGAUUUUUAUAAACACUCACAAAAGAAACCAUUAAUUGAAGAUAACAAAAUUAAAGAAAGUGAUCUUUGGACUCUUUUAAAAGAAUUCUCUUUAAUAUUAAAAGUUAUUGCAACUGCUUUAACCAGACGUAAUCCAGAUAGUCCAAUUAGUUUAGCUUUCUCUGGUGUUGCAAAACGUUAUAUCCAAAAAUUCAGUGAUAAUUUUGAUCAUUAA